CCCGCUGACCCGUCUCCCCUCGCUGCCCCAGCUCUCCCCAGCCCGGAGCAUGGCGCUGACCCCUCUUGACCAGGCGCUCUGGUGCAUGGUUCUCACUUACCACAAGUAUGCGAAAAAGGACAAGAAGACGCUGAGCAAGGGCGAGCUGAAGGAGCUGAUCCAGAAGGAGCUGAGCCUUGGGGCGAAACUGCCGGAGGAGAAAAUCACGGAGCUCACGGAGGAUCUGGACAAGAACAAGGACGAGAUAAUCAGCUUCCCGGAGUUCUCCUCUUUGCUAGGGGCGCUCUGCAUGGCUUACAAUGAGGCGCUUCAGGGGGCUGCUCCCCCAUGCGGCACUCCGGACGAGGACGGUGGGGGCCCUGCAGGCCCCGGCCACUAAUGGCUUAAACUCCCCUGAGUCUCAGAUUCCCUGGACCCGCCCCACUGCCGGCACCCCUUGGAGAAGCCAGGCAGGUGCACUUGGGAAUUUCUUCCUGUCGGGGUCCCCCAAGCUCCUUGACCCUCCCUCAGCAGAGAGCUGGAAAAUGAACGGUGCCUCCUGCUAGCAGACCCCUCCGACUCAGGCACGUGCUCCCCGAGUCUCCCAGGAGUCAGACCAGAGCCUUGAGAAGGGGAGUUUAUUAAGAACACAAAGGCGCCGUUCUUGGUUGCUAAGUGUUACAGCGUAAUUGGAAAAGGCAGAUUAAAGCACAUCGGCGUCCCUGGGAUUCAGUCUAAAAGUUACAGUGUGUGGGGAAGGGGAGCACAUGGCUCAGCCCCGAGGAGGUCACAAAACCCCAAAUAAAAGAAAUGAAUCGCA